CUGCGAUGCAUUCCGUGUGUGACCUUUCCCUUUUGUGCUCCCAGAAACUUCUUGUGUAAAUUUUUUACUUCUGAUGGUGGAUUUUUUCGCUUUUGUGAAACCGCAACAAAAACAUCAAUUUGUCGAUAAUUCAAUUCGUGACAACCGAUUGGACGUUGGUGUUAUUAGUGCUGUUCUGUGCGAGUAGUGAUUAGCAGAGUGCGAAAUGUCUUUCUAGCCAAGCGUAGUGGGUGGUGGUGGAGGUGAUUCGUGAUUCAUGUCAUCAUCGUUCCGAAACGCGUAACUUUCUCUUCCGAGUUUGAUCGAUCCGCUGCGAGCAGCUGUGCAGAGCAGAAACCUGUGCUGAAGAGAACGAACAAUGGAUCGCAAAGUGGAAGAGAUCAAGUACAAGGUGCUGGAUCUGAUCAACAAGAAGAAGGAUGUGAAAAUCCCCAAGAUGGGCUUCACGGAUUACUAUGUGCAGCAUAGUAGCGUGCAGCCCCAGCCGAAGCAUUCCUCGGUUCCGGGGUCGGGUUCGUCCGGGCGGAACUCGGCCGCCUCCGGAUCCAAGUAUGAUCAAUUUUCCUUCUACGAUGCGGCGGAGGAUGAGCAGGAUGGUGGAAAGGAGACUGUGGACGGAGGAAGCAAGGACUCGCAUCGGCUGUCGGAUCAGGAAAUUCUCGAAUCCACGGAAGCGAUCUACUUCGAUAGCGGCAGCAACACUGGCCUUCACGAGUUGAAGAAACUUUCAGAAACCGAUGAACUGCUGAAUUGCCAGUGCAUCGAAAAAGCGAUGGGCACACUAAAGCAGCAACACAAGGUAAUCUCUAAAAAAGUGCUUCAGCUGAUUCUGGAACAACGUCCGGCAUGCAGCGAAGAAUUCCAACGAAUCCAAGAAACUGAAUCCCUACUCAGGGAAACGAUUGCCAAAUGCCGUACUACCAGGAGCCACUUGGAUGGGUCCCGAAAGCUGUUGACCACCACGAAUUUGGAAAUUCUGGCCGCGUACAAGAAGCGCCAAACGCUGAUCAAUCUCCUCAAAACGCUGAACGCUCUAAAAAGCAUGCGGUCGAUCGAUCAACGACUGCAGAAGCGUCUCUCGGAAGCCGACUACAGCGGAGCGAUUUCCAUCCUGUUGGAGAACAAGAAUCUCUCGGAGCGAUUCCAGCAGUACAACUGUAUCGAGUCACUCUCGACGAAGCUCCAGGACACGCUAAUGAUGAGCGAAAUCCAACUGGAGGCGGUCCUCAACGAAGUCCCGGUCGGGUUCGAUGCCAAGAAGUACAGUAAGCUACAAGAAGCUUAUAAACUGCUGGAGAAGCAGCUGAUCGCCAUGGAUCAGCUGCAUAUGAACUUCAUCUCGUCGAUUCACACGGCGGCUUUUACCGUGCUGAAGCAGCACGCCGAGGCGAGUUUGGAGGAAAGCCGGCAGAAGCUGACGUUCGAGCAGAUGUGCGAAAACGUUCCCUGUGAGGAGUACAUCCACUGCUUGACGGAUCUGUGCAGGGCGUUUUGGAAGAUUCUGGUUUCGUACUAUCAGGUUCGAUGCUGGCAUCAGAACCAGAAACUGUACGAAAAGGGACGCGAAGCGCAGCAACGAAAGGACUCCACCGAUCGGCAGCAGCAGCAACAGCCGAACGAAUCCUUCCACGAGGAAUACAUCCAGCAGAAGCUCGAAAUGGGCCAGUUCCGGCUGUGGAACGACAUUCAGUCGAAGAUCUGCAUCUUCAUCAACAGCACCAAGCUGAGCACGCUGAAGUACGAGUACUUCAUCCAAAUCCUGGCGAUCGUCCAGCGGUUGAAGAAGGUCGGAAUCGAGUUUUGCGAUGACCCCUCGGAGAAGCUGAUGGAAAGCAUGCAACGGCAGAGCGUGGAGUUCUUCCGGCGGUACCACGUGGCCUGUCUGGAGGAAAUUGGGUUGUUUUUCGAUCACGAGGUUUGGGUGCCAAUUGGGAGUUUUACUGAUGUGAGUCAACUCCAGGAGUACAAGAAUUUCAAACAUGCCCUGGUUAAGAAUCAGAACGGAAACGCUCGGAAUGGAGGGAGGUCCUCGAGUCAAGAAAGCAAAUCCGUAGACCCUCUCGGGUUAGGGCAGUCCAACCUUCCGAUGAAUGGCACGUCAUCCGCGCAUUCGCAGGACGAGAGCUCCCUGUACGGAUCCUGCGGCUACUUCCUCCGAUUCACCGAGAAAAGUUCUCCCUUCGACGGUGGAUUCGAUUGCACCAUGCUUGAAGAGGACAUCCUGGCCGGAAUCGCCGACGAAUCAUCCUACUACUACUCCGAGGAUAGCAGCGACAACAACGAAGCCUAUUUCGAUCAGAACCCACAGCCCAAGCAGAAAGCUCCUCCGCCUGCGGCUACUACGACCAUUCCCAACAAUAGCAACAUGACCGUGACGAACACGUCCCUAACCGUACUCCGUUGCAUCGGUCGCUAUCUCUACUUCUGCAAGCUGCUCCAUUCGAUCGCCCCGCACAUCGUAAUGUCCAUGACGGAACUCCUCGACUUCUAUCUUUACGCGGUCCACGACAUAUUCUCGCGGGACCUCCCCGUCCCCCGGGACAAUCUCUACUCCCCAUCGCUGAAGCGGAUCCUCACUCGGAUCCAGUCGACCACCGUGCCGAAACUCCGCAAGUGGCCCCUCUCGGACGAGAUGAUCCGCGAGGACCUGGCCAACGCGGACCUGAUGUACGGACUCCAGAAGCGGAUCAUCGCCGCCGAAAGUUGCCUCACCUUGAUGCAGCAGUUCCGCCUGAUGGAAGAGUACUUAAGUGGCCUGUUGGGACAGUCGGACCCCGCGGCACAGGACCAGCUGCGUCGGUAUUUGGCCGACACGGCAGAAUGCAUCGCGGACGUGCGGAAACCCGUCUACAUGUGCGUUACGGCCCGGGUGGUGGACAUCCAGAACGUGCUGCACGCCAUGGGGAAGGUUAAGUGGGACAUCAACCAUGUGAAUGUGCAGCACAGUUCCUACGUGGACACGAUCAAUCGGGGGGUGCAACACUUUGCCAUGCGGCUGGAGGAAAUAUCCGGACAGCAAGCCAACAACAUUCCAAAAGAAGCCCUCUGGGAUUGCUUCGUACACGUGCUGACACAUCUGCUGGUAGAAGGUUUCUCCAACGCCAAGAAAUGCUCCGCCGGCGGCCGAGCCCUGAUGCAGCUGGACUUUACCCACUUCAUCUCGAUCCUGGAGAUCAUCUCCGGCGGCAAGUAUCCGGACCACCGGGCCUACGUCGAGCAGUACAUCAAGGCGUACUACCUGCCGAAGGACCUGCUGGAGGAGUGGCUCGUCGAGGGCCACCAGCGGGGCUACUCGGUGAAACACCUGACCGGACUGGUGCAGUGUGCCUGUAGCAGCGACAAAAAGCUACGCCAGAGGUUACUCACCCUGGUGGAGAACGGGGCCAAUGGUGGCGGUGGUGGUGAUAGUCAGGAUCAGAACAAAGAAUCUUAAAGUAUUGUUUUUUCUAGGAGUUAGGUCUUCGAAAUUGUUUCUCUCUCAUUAUCUGUGGUUUCCUUGACUUCCGUUCCAUCCUUUAGGUAGACUUUAUUUUAUAAAUAUAUCUUCGAAGGAAUCUUCAAACACCGUACGAUCUUUCAAAGAAAGACAUUAUCAUGUUUAGAGCAAUCUCUGUUUUUAAUAUUAUUAAUUUUAUUUGAAAUAUAUAAAUCUCGGAGUUUAUUUUUAACAGAACAAAGCUAUGUACAUUAAAUAGUGAAAAAUAAACUAUACACAUAACAAACAGA